UAGUCAGCGUUUUAUUUGAGGACUGCAGCACACAACACGAAGGGUCGUGUCCUAAUGUUUGGAGGAGCUAAGAUGAUCGAAAAGCUCAGUUUGGCGUGUGACAGACUCCUGUCACACCGGCAGCUCGCAUGUUGUCAGUCUUAUUGUGGCAUACCACUGCGUGACAAGGAAAUGUUGAUUUACCAGAAUGUAGACAUAGAGCAGAAGCCCCUGCCGCUAACUGGCCACCAUGGUGAAAUCAGCGCCAUGACUUUUGGGAAAAGAAGUAAACCUGUCCUCCUCUGCUCCGCUUCUUCUGACUAUAUCAUUGUUUGGGAUAUUGAAUUGUGCCAGAAGAAAGCAAAGGAGGGUAAAGUUGCAGCUGGAAUAGUAAUUGGGACUUUACUGGGUGAAGUCGCCCAUCUUUCAUUCUGUUUUUCUGAUGAGCGAGUGGCUGCAUGCUCGGGGGCUACUGUAUAUAUUCUCAGCUCAAAGAGGCAGGAAGUUAUUUCUACUUUGACCGGCCAUCUGGGACCUUCAACAUCAGCAGAGUUUUGUCCCUGGAAUGAAGACAUUCUCAUCACCACAUCAGAAGACCGCACUUUUAAGGUGUGGGAUUUAAAAACUGGAACUGUUUGCUAUCAGUCUUUUGUGCUUUCAGCCUCUCCACUGCUCAGUGCAUUCUUCUUGGAGGAGACCAGGCACCUUAUCAUCGGCUCAGCUGAUGGACAGGUGUGGUGCUUUUCUCACCAUGAUGACCACAAGUGUCACCUGGUGACCAAAAUGGACCUUCAGAAGAUGGAAAAAAGACAUCAAAGACACCAAGAGGCCGUGAGCCAUCAAACAGGGGGUGCAGAACAAUCAGCUGUAGAUACUGUGGAGACUGCAAAACCUGUCCUCAAAAUGGCUUUAUGUAGCUCAUUUACUGACGCCAGUCAUGAGCAGAAAAAGGACAACAGCUGGUUAUGUAUUGGAAGCUCUGAUGGCCUGUAUGUGGUGGAUCUGGCUACCUCAGAACUCCUGACAGCCCUAUAUUUCAAAGAUUACGCCAACCUCAGCAUCACAAUGGCUGGAUCAUGGUCAAUCUCUCCAGGACAGGAUAACACCAUGGUGUUUCUAGUGAGCUCUCUGUUCACUCCUUGCGUGGUGCUGUUGGAGUUACAUCUUUGUGACUUAGGGAGGAUCCAGGCUUGUGGUGACAGCUUUUCAGUGUUCCCAAGCUCUCCUCCGCUGCCUGAGUCUCCUCUGAAUGCCGAGUUAAAGAAGAAGGAACAGAGUCAUCCUAAAAAGAAAGGAGGAUUAAAGGAGCAGCCUCUGGUUUUCCACUCUAAAGUGAAGUCAUCUGGAUACACCAGUGCCCCACGAAGGAUUAUGUUUUCACCUAAAACAAAUAUCCAGAAGAAGCCUUCCUCUAAGAAGACCAGCAAAAAUAUGGGUUUACUCCUCAGAGAUUAUCCAGCAGACAGUGCAGCACCUACUGUUCCAUACAUUCAUCUCAGCGUUGCUAACAAGCCAGUCUAUUGCCUUCAGUAUUCAGGGGAUGGAAAACAAAUCCUGUGUGGUCUUGGCGACAGCUCAGUGUUACUGUACAAGUCCUCCCUCACUGGCAAUCCAGCUGUCUACACAGGGCACGACAAGCCAGUGAGCAGUGUUAAUUGGAGCCUCAACAGACAGUGGUGGCUGAGUGCGUCAGAGGAUCAUUCACUUCGAAUCUGGGCCCAUGGCAGCACAGAGCCGGCUAUUAUUAUGGGCAACAGCUUGUUCUCUAAACCCAUAAAAGGUGCUCAGUUUUACUACCUCGACAAAUUUCUGCUUUUUGCAUCUGGACCCUCUUUAUACUUAUACCUGUAUAAUGUGGACAUCACAUGUGACGACAUCAAGAGAUAUCAGCAACGGAGUGUCGUCAAAUUGGCAAGCUGCUUUACAACAACACCAUCAACAGACAUCACCGCCUUGUCUGCAGUCAAUGAUUUCUUCUCCUAUCGAUCCAUUCAAGUAUUUGACAUGAACAAGUUUACAGUUGCUGCAGAGGCGGUUGAUGCCCACAGCAGAGCCAUCCACUGUAUUACUCAGAACAAGGGCUCCAUGUUCAGCACACAGGCACCGGAUUCAUACAACCUCUUCCUCACCAGUGCAGUCACAGACGGUGUUAAGAUCUGGGACCUUCGUACACUUAGGUGUGUACGUCAUUACGAGAACCAUCUAAAUCGCUGCCAUCCAUGCUCUUCUUCCAUCUCUCCCUGUGGCCGAUUCAUUGCCUCAGGCUCUGAGGAUAACUGUGCCUAUGUGUAUGACAUCCGUAGCAGCAGCUACCUCCACAAACUUCAGAAACACUCAGACACAGUGCUCAGUGUGACGUUCAACCCUGCCUCACCUGAACUGCUGACUGGGACCCUGGAUGGGAGGCUGAGACUGUUUCAGUCCAGCAGUGGGGCCCGUCUGUCUCAUGACACCAGUUCUGCUGUGCAUGGCGUCCCCAACAUGACUAGAUCAGUACACAAAGCGAUGACAUCAGCUGGGUGCAACCUCUUUGGAUGCCAGACGCACAGAUGCUACUACUGUUCAUACUGACACACCCGUCCACAUUGUUUGAGCUCUACAUUUACUGUUCUCUGCCUCAGUCACAACAAAAUGUCAGUUACACUCAAUUGUAAUAAAAGAGAAUAAAAACACAGGACUGUGACAAUGUGAAAUGAAAGCUUUAGGGGUAUAAAUACAUUGCCACAUCAUACUUACAUGCAUGUUAUGUGUGCUUCACAGUUCUACUUUAGGAACACUUAAGUACUUUUUUUUUUUCUUUUUACUUAUCUCCAAUUAAUUUUUUUUACGACUGUUGGGUUAAAUUAUAUGCCAACAAUAUUGUAAUAUAUACUUUGUAACCUUAUUCAUCACAAAUUCAAGAGGCAUUGCAAUCUGACUUUAACACUCUACAAACUGGGUUGUCAGCUAACAAACUCAAUAAAACAAACAAGUCUUACACAAUGGUCUUUGGUAUGAGACAGAACCUCAACUACAUAUCCAGCUCUGGUUUUAGUUUGUAAUGACGGGUCAGUCUGUCCAGAAAGUUGAUAAAAUUGGGUUUAUGGAUGGAGUCUGUAAACCACACAUUGUUCACAUUAGAAAGAAAGUUAAUUUUGUUAUUAGUGUUCUCGGUUGUUCCAGACAUUGUUUUGAAUUUUAAUGUCAGACAGAGACUUACUUCACAACUUAUGUUCCUGACUCUGGACUGUGGUGACAUUAGUCAUCAAAAUUCUUUUAAAACCAAACUCUCUCUGUCGUCUGUAAUAGUUUAUGAAAAUUUGUAUUAGAAUGAAUUAGAAAUGUAUGAAUUUAUUUUGAAACACAUUCAUUCUAGUCAAAUUGUUUGAAACAAUGCUCAAGAGUCUCAAGUUUUCGUAUUGAGAGCUUCCUCUAAUUGGAAUAUUUUACCUGCACAUAUUUGUUCUCUGUCAUCAUUUGGCAAACGUAAACAUGACUUAUUCUGGUGUCUUGAAACUAAUUGCAUUUGUUUCCAGUAAUACUCUCCCAACAUAAUACCAAAGUUAAAAAAGUGUUAAUAUUUCCUGGGGACAUGUCACUGGCACCACUUUGUUUUCCUGUGAUCUCGUCGUAAUUCUCACUUACUUCUUGACCA